AUGGGUCUCAGCAGUGGCAGCCUCCCCUGCAGAGCAAUCGCCGGCGGUGCCAUCAACUCGCUCCUUCUCGUCAUCCUCCUCGGCGGAGCUUCCUUCCCCGCCCCUUCUCUCGCGACGGAUACCCUCGUGAAGGGCCAGUCUAUCGCAACCAAUGGAUCUCUCAUCUCCGAUGGCGGCAUCUUCAGGUUGGGCUUCUUCACCAGGGGCUCCUCAGGAGGAUACUAUUUGGGCAUAUUGUACAAUAACAUCUCGGUGGAGACGGUGGUGUGGGUCGCCAACAGGGAGAGCCCGGCGGACGCCGCCGGGUUGCUCCGCCUCGGGAACAAUGGCAGGCUGGAAGUGGUCGACGGCAGCGGGGGGAUCCGCUGGUCGUCGAACUCUACGAUCGAUUCUACCAACUGCUCGGCGCAGAUCGGGAACGACGGGAAUCUCAUCCUCAAGUCGGGGAAUUCGCUGAAUUCAAUCCUCUGGGAGAGCUUCGACCACCCCGGUGAUACCUUCAUUCCCGGCAUGAAGAUCACGAUGGACCGGGCCACCGGCGCAAUCCAGCGUUUCAUUUCUUGGACAAGCCCCGAGGAUCCGGCACCGGGGAGGUAUUCGCUCGGCCUCGACCCCCUGGGGUCCGCACAGAUCUACAUAUGGAAUGGGUCGGCGAUCCGGUGGAGGUCUGGGCAGUGGAACAAGAGGUCCUUCAUCGGAAUCACCCGGAUGAAGGCCCUCUCCAUCUACGGCUUCAGCCUCGACCCAAAUAACAACGGGCAGAUGGUUCUCAGCUUCAGCUACGAAGAAUCGCUGCUUAGGUUCGUGAUGCAGUCGGACGGGAUCCAGAACACCUCGACCUGGAAUUCGGGAAACCAGUCGUGGACUGGAGUCUGGGCGCAGCCGCUGACCGACUGCGAGACCUACAACUUCUGCGGGAAUUACAGCCUCUGCGACGAGGAAGCCACGCCCAAGUGCAGCUGCCUACAAGGUUUCUUGCCGAAGUCCGACGGGGAGUGGGGCGGCGGGUGCGUUCGGAGGACUCCUCUGGGGUGCGCCGCCAACGGUACCGGCGGAGCAACUGGGUUUGCAACGUUUGAGAUGGUCAAGUUGCCGGACUUCUCCGAGUGGGCAUCGACGGCGAACGACGAGGCGGCCUGCGGCGCCUACUGCUCGGCGAACUGUUCCUGCGCUGCGUACUCCUUUGUGGAGGAUCUGGGCUGCUUGGUGUGGUCCGUCGAUCUGCUGGAUCUUGCCAAGUUUAUCACCGGCGGCAACACCCUACACCUCAAACUCGACAGCAAUGAUCUAGGUAAGAGACCGUUACUCUAUAUUCGGCUGAAGUAAAAUGAUUUUAUCUUCCACACUGGAGGUAUGACCUGGUCUCCAUUCGGAGCAUCAUGUCCGAUCGUGGGCUCCACAUCUUCGUCGUUCUCUUCGUCCUGCUUUCUCUUUUCACUAUCUCGAGGCUGACAUUUCAGAGCUUUUCUCGUAUGCCGGUCCCAUGAUUCGUGAAACAUGGUAAGAUGCUCUCCCACACGAGGGCGAGGAAAAACUCGAGUUCUUUAAUAGAGCCAAUGGGGACGAGUGAUCAAGAAGCGUUUACAUUAAUGUUCCAUUAGCAUUGAGAUCAAUCACCACACCACCUCUGUCAUACAUACGACAUUACACGACGCGAGGAUGAGGGUGUUACAUUGAGUUCGGAUUGGAUUGCCCGCAUGAGUUUUACCCCUUGAUGAUUUCUGAUGCUGCUCCCUUGGUAUUCGAUAUUUCCUUGUUCUAGAGAAAAUUGAUCGACUUCGGUUUCUCUCUCUAGAUUCCGGAGAUGAGAGCAAGAAGAGGGUUUUAUGGAUCGUCCUGCCCGUUGUCCUCGUUGUCAUCUUGCUCCUAUGUCUCUUCAUUGGGUGGAAGUACAUGGCUAAUAUCAAAGGUAUUGACGUUACAACCGCUGGGUUUCCAAGUUUAUGAUCGGUAUCAAGUAUGCCUUAAUCUUCUGCCUCGCCUUCUACAGGCUGGAGAGCGGGCAAAAGAAAGGGGCGAGGUAGCUCAACGGCCGGGUCAGGGUUCAGUGGAGACGGGCCAACGAAGUUCUCUGACCCGAAAGAACUCGAAGACAAAACCGAGGGGGAUUCUCCGGAUUUGCCCGUCUUCAGCUUUGAGGCCAUCGCCGUUGCCACGGACAACUUCAGCAACAUUAACAAGCUCGGAGAGGGCGGAUUCGGCGAUGUUCAUAAGGUGAUGACCGCUUAUUAUAAGCUGGAAUAGUCCCGCGUUGAUCGGGGAUAAAACUUCUACAGUGGCUUCCAAAUGGUGCUGACUCGCUUUGCUUUCGGACCAGGGGGUGCUGCCCAGUGGGGAGGAGAUCGCCGUCAAGAGGCUCUCAAGGAGCUCCGGCCAAGGCCUCGACGAGUUCAAGAACGAGGUCACGCUGAUCGCCAAACUGCAGCACAGGAACCUGGUUAGACUCCUCGGGUACUGCUUCCAAGGGGACGAGAAGGUACUCAUCUAUGAGUACCUGCAGAACAGGAGCUUAGAUGUCUUCCUCUUUGGUAUCCCUCUCUCUCUCUCUCUCUCUCUCUCGCUAUGUGUAUAUAUUGCCAUUAUACAAUCAUGCUACACGGUGCUUAGAUUCAGGAGGAGAUAUCGAUAGCUUGAUAGAUAAUCGGCUUCAUCUGUUAUAUGUGCAGAUCCGGUGAGGCGGCCACUUCUAGAUUGGAGGAAACGAUUCGACAUUCUUGAAGGAAUCGCCAGGGGCCUCCUCUACCUCCACCGGGAUUCCAGGCUUCGGAUAGUUCACCGGGACCUGAAGGCCAGCAAUAUCUUGCUGGACGAAGAGAUGAACCCUAAGAUCUCGGAUUUCGGGAUGGCCCGGAUCUUCGGCGGCAAUCAGAACCACGACAACACCAACCGGGUGGUCGGCACGUUGUAAGUAUCAGCUGAAUACAUCUAUAUAUCUAUCAGUCUGCCGUUUGUGUCUUCCCAAUAACUCAUCCAACGGCAUCAAGUUGAGAAAAUGAGAAAAUUAGUCUAAAAAAACGAUAAUUUUGGAUGCGUUUCCGAAUCUAACAAGUUCUCCGUGGAAAAUGCAGCGGUUACAUGUCUCCAGAGUAUGCCAUGGAAGGUUUGUUCUCGGUGAAGUCGGACGUGUACAGCUUCGGCGUCCUGAUGCUGGAGAUUGUGACCGGGAGGAAGAACAGCAGGACUCGGUCGGAGAACUACACCAAUCUUCUUGGAUACGUGAGUAUAUAAUAUAGCUUUCGACCCGCCUCAAACUCCGAAGUUUCCCCGUUCUUCUCCCCUCUUACUUCCAUCCUUUUCAUAUCGUUCUACAUCUCUAGGGAGAGACCUAGUCUGCACGCAUAUCAUCUCUAAUGUGGACUUUACAUGAUCUAUGAAAAUUGCUGAUGAUGAGUGCAUCUUGGAGUGACUUAGCAUCAGUUGAGAUAAACUAAUGCAUAGUUGACGCAUUUGUCUUCCUUUAUUCUUUCUUAUGAACUAAUCCUCGAGUGUUGAAACUGGUGGGUUCAGGUGUGGCAGCUGUGGACGGAAGGGAGGGCCCAAGACCUGAUCGACCCGUGCAUAAUGGACUGCUGCGACGCCACGCAGGCAUUGCGGUGCGUCCACGUCGCUCUCCUCUGCGUGCAGGACCGCCCCUACGACCGGCCCACCAUGUCCUCGGUGGUUAUCAUGCUCUCCAGCCAGAACCCCCUCCAUGAGUUCCCCAAGCAGCCGACCUUCGUCGCCGACGGCAGCCCCAGCGACACGGAGUCCCAGAAGCACAACGGCGACGGCUUCUCUGUGAACGACGUCACCGUCACAAUGCUCGCCGGACGAUAG